AUGGCUCGCAAGGGACAGGUUUCUAUUCAGGAUACUAUUGAAAAUGACGAGGAGUUUGAUGCGUACCUUCAAGCCCACUUCCACCAAUUGAUUUGUAUGGAAGUAUACUCGGAUUUCUGCGGGCCCUGCCUGGCUGCCGGCAAUGCUAUAAGGAAAGGCAAGCUGGAAAUUGGGCAAGAUCGUAUUGCUAUGGCAAAGGCCUUAGCAGACAACAUUCAAGCACUAGCAAGGUUUAAGGACAAAAGUGAACCCGUGUUUCUUUUUAUUUUUAAAGGUAAGCUGACGCGCGCAAUGUUCGGCGCGAACGGUAUCGAGCUGUGCCGGAUCAUGGAAGAGGAGCUGGGCCACAUGCAGCGCGAGGUCGACACUGGUAUGGAGCGGCCCAAGCGGGAUAUAGAAGCCAUGCUGCCUGAGGAAGCUAAAAAGCUAGAAGACGACUUGCGCUUAGAAGAAGAAUCCCGCGAAGCCACCGAGCGUCUCCGAGUGUUGACAUUAGCCGCGCGCAAGCGCCGCGUCUGCGACCGCAUGUCGCGGCACACCAAGCGGCUCAACUUCAUCUUGUUCUGGCCGCACUGCCACCACGCGCACUUCGACUUGUACGAGAAGUGGGAUUUGAUCAAUAUAUCGGUGGGGGCCAAAGAGACGAUCCAGCUGACAGAAGCUGGUGCUAAGGAGGCCUUAUACAUGAGCGAUGUGGACCCGAACGAGGCCUGUCUCCACGCGCUCCUGAAGGACGAGGCGCUGGUGGUCUUGUUCAAGAUGAUGGACACGGAUAACAGGGACUUUGUUAAGCUAAUGCGGUACGCACUCUACGAAGAGAUACCGGUCCCGAAGGAGGACGUGCCUCCAGAGAAGCAGAUCCCUCCGAUCCCAGCGUACGAGCGUUACGCUACCAUCAGCAAGACCGCGCGGGAAGUUCGCAGAGAUCGGUACGAAGCGAAAAUGCAAAAACUGCGAGAAGAGCAAGAAGAACGUGACCGGUUGGCAGCCGAAACUGCUCGUUUGGCCAGAGAGGCUGAGGAAGAAAGGCAGAGGGUUGAGAAACAGCGGCAAGAAGAGGAAAGAAUGGCAAGAAUCCAGGCUGGGCUUCCAGCUGAUCCUGAGCCGGAAGAAACUGGAGAAGAAGGCGAAGGUGAAGAAGAAAAGGAAACCGAAGGCGUGGGGGAAGAGGCAGAGGAUUUGGAGAAAGUCGAGGAAGAAGAGGAGUUCCAUUCCGACGUGGAGGUGGAAGGCGAGGAGUACAUUCCCCCAGGCGGGCUCUUCGUGCCCGGACUGUACUCGCCGCCCAACGAGUUUGCUAAGGCUAAUGGACUGGCUUAUUUUUUUCCAAAGAUAGUCCAAGAGGCGACGCCCAUCGAGUCAGAGCACCUACCGCCGCACGUGCUCGUCAUUUUCAACAUCGACAAGCGCUACGACGUGCAGGAAAUCAUGAUGCAGUACAAGGAUGAGAUGCUCAACUACGGCAUAUUCGUUGGGGACGACCCCAAUACAGCGGAACACAUAGCUUUCACUAUAAAGCAGUAUGACAAAAUGGAGCGAUUACGAAAGCACAAAGACCGUCUCGCCGUGAUGGUGUCCCGCAAGCGGAGUCUUCCGCUCCUGCAGCUGGCGGGUCUAAACCCCUGCUACAUCAGCAGCGACGUGGAGUCGGGCGAGCGCGACUGCCUCACUAUGUUCCCGGUGGGGUAUGGUGACGAGUAUGAGGAGGAGGAGAGCAUUAAGGAGGAGGAGAUUGCUGAAACUGGGCCAGAACCUGAACCCGAGCCUCAGACGGAGGAAGCCGAGGAGCCCAAAGCAGCUGAUGAAGAAAAUGAAGAUGAUGAGGAGGAUUAG